AAUGGAUGCGACAGGCGGACAGCGGAGCCUGGAGAGACGCAACAACUAAUUCUUUUUAUCCUUGACUCUUUUUUUAAUUCCUUUUCACCGUUUUACUUCGAAAGGUUAUCGAUAAAGUGCGGUUGAAACGCGAGAAGAACAUUCAACAGUGAAAACAAGGUGGAGCAGCGCGCGAAGCCACCGUCUACUGAGGACGUCACAGCUCUUUAAUCUUCAUAACAUCCCUCGUGCAUUUUAAACCGUUUGGACUGUUCUGGAAAUAAGGAGUUUUUCGUAGUUUUUUCUUGAAAUGUGAUUUCAUACGCACGAAAGAAAGGAUGGCGCGCAAUUCCAGUCAUGAACGCGCAUCGUGACGCGCACAGCUGACAUCUGAAAUUGUGGGGAAGUUUUUUAUUUUCGUGCGUGUACCUGCUUUCCACUCAACUUUUACGUCCUCGGCUGGUGAAGCCAGAGGAGCGGGAGGUGGCUGACUCAAACAUGGCCGAGCCGAGGGGGCAUCAGGGGACGCUGGUUGGAGGUCCCCAAAGCGCCUGAAGCCCGGCUGAGUUGGUUGUUUGUGUUUGUUUUAGGAGGGGCUGGAGGGUGGAGGUGACGGAGGGGGAGGGUUAAAGGUGAGCAGAAAUGCCGAAAAACCGGGAGAAAUUCGCCCCGGACCCGUCCAUCCACAUCUCCAAGAUGAACGUGAUCAUCCCGUUCUCGCCAGAUGUGCCGUGUGACAGUAACGGGCAGCGGAUGUGGUGGGCUUUCCUCGCCUCGUCCAUGGUCACUUUCUUCGGGGGGCUCUUCAUCAUCCUGCUGUGGAGAACUCUCAAAUACCUUUGGACUGUGUGCUGCCACUGUAACGCCAAGAAGAAGGAGGUCCAUCGGAUCACAACAGGCGAUGGCAUCAAGCGCACGGACAAGGACGACCCGGCGGCCAGCGAGGUGGGCUGGAUGACCUCGGUGAAAGACUGGGCCGGAGUCAUGAUCUCUGCUCAGACGCUGACAGGAAGAGUCCUGGUGGUGCUGGUGUUUGCUCUCAGCAUUGGAGCCCUUGUAAUAUACUUCAUCGAUUCCUCUGAUCCUAUUGAGUCGUGUCAGAACUUCUACAAAGACUUCACGCUGCAGAUCGACAUGGCGUUCAACAUCUUCUUCCUGCUGUACUUCGGCCUCCGAUUUAUCGCUGCCAAUGACAAGCUGUGGUUCUGGCUGGAGGUGAACUCAGUGGUGGACUUCUUCACGGUUCCUCCGGUGUUUGUGUCCGUAUAUCUGAACAGGAGCUGGCUUGGCUUGAGGUUUUUAAGGGCCUUAAGGUUGAUACAGUUCUCAGAAAUUUUACAGUUUUUGAAUAUACUAAAAACAAGCAACUCUAUAAAGCUGGUGAACCUGUGUUCAAUCUUCAUAAGCACAUGGCUGACUGCUGCAGGAUUCAUUCAUUUGGUGGAAAACUCAGGAGAUCCCUGGGAAAACUUCCAAAAUUCCCAGGCGCUCUCCUACUGGGAAUGUGUUUAUUUACUCAUGGUUACUAUGUCCACCGUCGGCUACGGAGAUGUUUAUGCAAAAACCACCCUGGGCCGCCUGUUUAUGGUCUUCUUCAUCCUUGGUGGUUUGGCCAUGUUUGCAAGCUACGUCCCUGAAAUCAUAGAGUUAAUAGGAAACCGCAAGAAAUAUGGUGGUUCCUAUAGUGCGGUUAAUGGGAGAAAGCACAUCGUGGUCUGUGGUCAUAUUACACUGGAGAGUGUGUCCAACUUUCUAAAAGACUUCCUACACAAGGACAGGGAUGAUGUCAAUGUAGAAAUUGUUUUUCUCCAUAAUAUUUCCCCUAAUCUUGAGCUGGAAGCCUUGUUCAAACGUCACUUCACUCAGGUGGAGUUUUACCAAGGGUCCGUCCUAAACCCACACGACCUGGCCAGAGUAAAGAUUGAAUCAGCUGAUGCUUGCUUAAUCUUAGCAAACAAAUACUGUGCUGACCCCGAUGCUGAGGAUGCAUCUAAUAUCAUGAGGGUAAUAUCAAUCAAGAACUACCAUCCCAAGAUCAGAAUAAUCACUCAAAUGUUGCAGUACCACAACAAGGCCCACCUCUUAAACAUCCCAAGCUGGACCUGGAAGGAGGGAGACGACGCCAUUUGUCUCGCCGAGUUGAAACUGGGCUUCAUCGCCCAGAGCUGCCUGGCUCAGGGCCUCUCCACCAUGCUGGCCAACCUUUUCUCCAUGAGGUCCUUCAUCAAGAUCGAGGAGGACACAUGGCAGAAAUAUUACCUAGAGGGAGUAGCCAAUGAGAUGUACACAGAGUACCUGUCCAGUGCCUUCGUGGGAUUGUCAUUUCCUGUGAUUUGCGAACUGUGCUAUGUGAAGCUAAAGCUCCUGCUGAUAGCUAUAGAGUACAAGUCUGAUCAAAGAGAAAGCAGCACCCUGAUAAACCCUGGAAACCAUGUGAAAAUGCAGGAGGGGACCCUGGGCUUCUUCAUUGCAAGUGAUGCCAAAGAAGUAAAGAGAGCGCUGUUUUACUGUAAAGCCUGCCAUGAUGACAUCACUGAUCCCAAAAGGAUAAAGAAAUGUGGAUGCAAGAAAUUGAUAUAUUCUAAAAAUAGCUAUAAUGGAUAUAUCAAAUCAAUUGAAGAGGACCAACAGUUGGCACUAUCACCUAAAAAAAAGCAACGCAACGGAGGCAUGAGAAAUUCACCAAACUCCUCGCCCAAGAUAAUGAGACACGACCCGCUCCUCGUCCCAGGCAACGAGCAGAUUGAAAGCAUGGACGAGAGCAUAAAGAAAUACGACUCCACAGGGAUGUUUCACUGGUGCCCGUCCAGAGACAUCGAGAAGGUCAUUUUGACCCGCAGUGAGGCUGCCAUGACAGUUCUGAGUGGUCAUGUGGUCGUUUGCAUAUUUGGAGAUGCGAAAUCAGCAUUGAUCGGUCUGAGAAACUUUGUCAUGCCUCUAAGAGCGAGCAACUUCCACUACCACGAGCUGAAGCACAUCGUGUUUGUCGGCUCCCUCGAGUAUUUCAAGCGAGAGUGGGAGACUCUUCACAAUUUUCCAAAAGUCUCCAUUUUACCGGGCACACCGUUGAGCCGGGCAGAUCUGAGGGCUGUCAACAUCAACCUCUGCGACAUGUGUGUCAUCCUGUCAGCCAAUCAGAACAAUAUUGACGAUGCAUCACUGCAGGACAAAGAAUGCAUCUUGGCGUCACUCAACAUCAAAUCCAUGCAGUUUGACGACAGCAUCGGGGUCUUGCAGGCUAAUUCCCAAGGCUUCACACCACCAGGCAUGGAUAGAUCCUCUCCUGAAAACAGCCCAGUCCACGGAUUAGUGCGGCAGACUUCUGUCACCACUGGAGCAAAUAUUCCCAUCAUAACAGAACUGGCACCAUUAGCAAAGCCAGGCAAAAAACUGCCUGUGAUUUCAUUCAGUCAGGAUAAAAGCAGUGGGACCAGCAUACAAAUGAUAACAGAGCUGGUGAACGACUCAAAUGUUCAAUUCUUGGACCAAGAUGAUGACGACGACCCAGACACCGAGUUAUACCUCACUCAGCCUUUUGCCUGUGGGACUGCCUUCGCAGUCAGCGUGCUGGAUUCCUUAAUGAGUGCUACAUACUUCAAUGAUAAUAUCCUCACCUUGAUCCGGACGCUGGUAACAGGCGGGGCGACGCCGGAGCUGGAGGGGCUGCUGGCAGAGGAGAAUGCGUUACGGGGUGGCUACAGCACGCCACAGACCCUGGCAAAUAGGGACAGGUGUCGCGUGGCACAGCUGGCCUUGUACGAUGGGCCCUUCGCCGACCUCGGGGAUGGUGGCUGUUAUGGUGACCUGUUCUGUAAAGCACUGAAAACAUACAACAUGCUGUGCUUUGGUAUCUACCGGUUACGAGAUGCACAUCUAAACACUCAAAGCCAAUGCACCAAGCGGUAUGUUAUAACAAAUCCACCGUAUGCGUUUGAGCUGGUGCCCUCAGACCUGAUAUUCUGCCUGAUGCAGUUUGACCACAAUGCUGGCCAGUCUCGAACCAGCCUCUCCCACUCUUCCCAUUCGUCUCAUUCCUCCAGCAAAAAGAGCUCCUCCGUCCACUCUAUCCCAACCUCCAACCGCACCAACCGCACCAAAAGCAGGGACUCACGAGACAAACAAAAUGCAACAAGGAUGAAUAGAGUGAGCCAAGAAAAGACAUGGUUUACAGAUGAGCCCGAAAAUACCCACCUGAGGACCAUACACAUCAAGCCUGUGAAUACGCUCGCCGCCAACCACGUCAGUCAGUUUAAAUCCACCAACAGCUUGAUUCACCCCAUCAGAGAAGCAGAGGACGAGUGCUGAUCCACGGACGCUUGAACAUUUGGACUCCAAAAGGACUUAAGAGUUGUCAGAGUUGGACUGGGACUUUCUCAUCUGCAAACAUAAAUGAUUUAUAGUCACUGAAAAAGAACCAUACUGCUUUUCUCAUUUAAAUGCUGCAAGAUUAUUGUACAAGCAGACUUAGAAUCAUUAUAAAAUACAUGCGACAAUCAUAAUCAAAUCAGCUAAUAGUUUGUACAGUUAAUAUUUAGCAGUGACCAGACUCCAUUAAGCUUUUGUUCCAUUUUGGGGAAUGAGGGUCACUUCAUGGGAGACAGUGAUGUAAAAUUAUUAUUACAUUAAAGAAGGGGAUUAUGAUGAUGACUGGAAGUUUUGCAUUUGUAAAAGUUGCCUUUUUAGCUGUUAAAGAACAACUACUACUGCAUUUACUCUACCCAGUGUUGCAGAGUUUCUCUGUACAGUAUGUCAAAGCGUGUAUUUCACAUCCUGCUGCAAUCCCACCACAAUGGCACAGACAGUGACUGACUCUCAGUGAUUCCUUUGCCAUUUGGAAGCUAAUUCACAACAUUUGUGACAGUUAAGAAAGCCAGUGUCCAUGUGUAAAUGGCAUUUGGCUCCAGCCUUAUCUCUAUCCAUAUGAGCUGCAUUUCCACCAAGUGGUCUGGUUCAGUUCGGUUUGGUACAGUUUGUGUUUCCAUUGAAUGAUACCGAAAUAUCUGAUACCAUCUUACUUUUUGGCACCCUUAAAUCAGGCACCAAGUGUACCUAUCAGACCCUAGUCUUUUGAUUGGUACAAAGACUCUUCACUUUUCAUGUGGCAGCUGUAAUUAUGAACAAACACGAAACGCACCAUGUUCUGUACAAAGCUCAACAGCUUUUCUUGCUUUUAAAGGAAAUGAUAUUAGUCAAAUAAUCCUUGUGGGGGUACUGGUUAGCUGAAAUGACCACUCACUUCAAGCAAGAGGGAAAGAAAGAGAGUUGGUUUCCUCUUUUUUGUUGUUGUUAAUAGGCACAAAAAAAAGCUAGAAUAGCACCAAAUCAAGAGCCGUUUUGGAGCCGCAAGACCGACUCUUAAUUCUGCACAGAGCUAAAUGAUCAGAUCUCUUAACAAGAGCCACAACUCCCAUCAUCAGUACGAGCAAAGCUAGACAGACACUGGCUGUGGAAAAGCAAACAAGAUCAAGUUUUAUGCUACCAAUCUGUACUGAACCAAACUGGACCUCUGGUGAAAGCGCACCAUUGUAUUUGUCUUAUCUUUGCCUUUUUUGAGUCGUUUGUUAUCAGUGUUUUCAUGUUGCUGUUUGGUUGCAAUGUCCAAAUUCCCAGAAAGGAAAGCUUUUAAGAAUCUGCAGAGUUUCUCCAGGGGUAAAACAUUAGAAAUGUCCUGUAUUUUGUUCUUUAAAAGCCAAAUAUGAUAGAGCUGUUUUGCUACAACAUUAGAAAACAAAAACCUCACCGUUUCUUAUACAGAGCAAAGAAAAUCAUAUAAAGAAAAGCCAAAUCUUAAGAUAAAGAUUGGCGCCAUUUUAAGUCCUUAGGUAAGUUGAAUAUUAAAGCCACAUAUCGCAUGAAGUGGGCACCUUUAAGUCCUCCUUUGGCUGUAAGCACUGCCUGACACAGGAUUGUCUUGGAGGCUUUUUUAGUUUUAACUCCAUGACCAAUCUUAAUGCCAUAAUCAGACAUGUUCAUGCUUUUUGAAAAACAGCUCUAUCAUAAAACUUUCUUUGGCUCUUCAUAUGUUUACUUUCAUUCAUAAAACACUCAUCUAAUGAGGUAUUGUCAUUUGCUUUUGUUUGUGAGCUGACCAGAGGGCGAGCUAAGAGUGGAUAUUAAUGCUGUCCUACUUUAAUAACACAACAUAGCUAUAUUGGCACUGUUGUCACUUUAUAUCUGAAUCAAUAAAGGGAAGAAAAAGGUAGAAAAAAUAACAUAAGCAAUCAGUUAAAUCCAGCUUGGAUGUGUCACAGUCUAGUCUAGCAUCUAUGUUGUGUAAAGAGAGAAGUUGUGACAUUUUUACUGGCACAGAGAUCAUCCAAACCAUCCAUCCCUCGGUGCCAGUAAUGUGCCAGGCAGUGCUGAAGCCAACGGAGGACUCCACAAGACCCACUGCUGCGAAAAGAGGCUUCUAGUUUAGCUUGAUUUAACUGUCCUUUGAAAUGUUCUUUAAGUUUCCAAUCCUGCAAGCUCAGAGACUGUAUAUUUCAAAAUAUAGCCUUUGAAUUUCUUAUUUGAGGCUGUUAUUCCCUGGAGAUAAAGCUGUAGAAUGAAGUCUUAAUAUGAUUUUGAAAUGAUCCAUUGUCAAAGCAGAGCCUGAUAGCAAGUCAUUUCAUGUACUCCUCAAAGAAAUCUGUAAAGCUUAAUGUAAAUUAUUUCUUUCCAGUGUGUUCUUGUUUGACGGUAUCUGUAGGGUGGAGAGACUUUGCGGUCUAGUUUGUAUUAUUUUGUGAUUUUUUUUUAGCACAUUGAUUUGUGGACACAAUGACUGUGCUAAGUUGAUAUUUCUGACUAUGUCAUAAUACCCAAUUAUAAAUACAGUUUAUUGUCUUGUACAAAUAGCCUUGUACAUAAAAUUGUACAUGAUUUCAUUUUGUAUUUUCACAAAUUAAAAGCUGAUGUAU